GCGUCGCCAUCUGCUUCGCCGUGUCUGGUUCCUUCUCUCCAAUCUCCGUCUUGUUGUCUGCGGUGACGCGGCGGAGGUGUAGCCUGACGCGGGCUCUUACGUGUCGGCCACAAUAAAAGUGGAGCUCCGGAGGCCCGGGGAGCGACGAAGGGAGUCUGUAUUGGUAAGGAAGGCGGAAGGAGGCACGCUUCGCGGCUGUGGGGGAAACGUUCGGUGUUGGUCGGGUUCGGCCCGAAGGAAACAAAGAAAUCAUGGCGGCUCAAUGCUCAGCCGAUGAAGAUGGAGUCAGCGGCGGCUGAGACUCAGCAGACAGCCGAGUCUGCCGAAACGGAAAACCAGCAGCAGAUUACGCCGGCGCAGCUCGCUACCUUGGCACAGGCAACAAUGGCAUGUCAUGGCUCGGCAACGGGUCCCACUGUGACACUGGUGCAGCUUCCAAACGGACAGACGGUCCAAGUGCACGGCGUGAUCCAGGCCGCACAGUCGUCCGUCAUACAGUCCCCACAGGUGCAAGCUGUGCAGAUCUCAACCAUCGCCGAAAGCGAGGAUUCGCAGGAGUCGGUGGACAGCGUGACUGACUCGCAGAAGCGCAGAGAGAUUCUUUCGCGCCGCCCCUCGUACAGGAAAAUUCUGAACGACCUGUCGUCCGACGCACCGGCCGUCCCUCGCAUCGAGGAGGAAAAAGCGGAGGAUGACGUGGCGGCGGCCACGCCCACCAUCGCCACGGUCACCGUGCCCACCCCCAUCUAUCAAACCAGCAGCGGCCAGUACAUCGCCAUCACGCAAGGUGGCGCCAUCCAGCUGGCCAACAACGGCACCGACGGCGUUCAGGGCCUGCAGGCGCUCACUAUGACCAACGCGGCGGCAGCCCAACCCGGGGCCACCAUCCUGCAGUAUGCGCAAACCAGUGACGGCCAGCAGAUACUGGUGCCCAGUAACCAGGUGGUGGUGCAAGCUGCCUCUGGGGACGUUCAGGCCUACCAGAUCCGAGCUGCGCCUGCCAACACCAUCACCUCCGGGGUGGUCAUGGCCUCGUCGCCCGCCCUGCCCACCCAGGGUGCCACCGAGGAGGUCACCCGGAAAAGGGAGGUUCGCCUCAUGAAGAACAGGGAGGCGGCACGUGAGUGUCGCAGGAAGAAGAAGGAGUACGUCAAGUGUCUGGAAAACCGAGUGGCGGUCCUGGAGAACCAAAACAAGACGCUCAUCGAAGAACUCAAGGCCCUCAAAGACCUUUACUGUCACAAAUCCGAGUAAACCCCCACCACACCCUCCGAGUCUGGAACGGCCCCAAGUAGCUUUUGCGCUCAUUCAAUCUUGGUCGGUUUUGUUUCACUUGCCUCAGCUUUUUCAGUAUGUCAUACUUGUUUAUCAUGGGGAUGGAAAGGGAACAGUUUGCGAGACUUAAAAGGGAUGCUGCUUUUGCCGUCGUUGCGAUUCCACCUCAGGUCUUCACCCGAACACCUGAUUUUGGCUUGAGCCUACUUAGCGGGUACCGAGUCAUUGUGCUAAAACAGAACUUGAAUCCUCCUAACAUACACUAUGGCUGUGGCUCAGGAAUUCGCCCCUCGCCGGCUCUGACUCCAAGUGUCUUUUCAAGCUUGAGCAUAAAAACCUUUGAAGCAGAUGUUCCAUCUGCAAAGAGAGAUUGCAAGCUCUUUAAACUUUUGACUUUGCUAAGAGACACUCUAAAUAUCUGUUAACUUUGGUGGAUUUACUAUAGGAACAAAUCUAGGUUGAAUCCCAAUGACGUCAAUUCUGGGUGAUUUCGUCUUUUCAGGUACCAGAAGUCAUUGUUGUGGCCCAACUGCAUCGUCUGGCAAACAUUUUUGGCCAAAACCAUCAUUCCGAUAAGAUUGACAGAACAGAGGUAUGGUGAUCAUAGUCAUCAACAGUAUGUUUUUUCGCAAGAAUGUCAAUCUGCUAGACUUUCAAACAUACCCUAAGUCAUUAUGAUGAAAUCAUUCCUGCAAUUUUGAAAUGGUUACGAAACACGCUGAUAUACCCAUGGUAAACAUUUAAAUGUAUGGUGGGCAAGCUUGGCCAUCUGGACAAUUCUAAAACUUGGAACCCGUUUGGAAGGACUGUUUUCCUUCACAGGACACUUCAAGAGGACCCUCGGAACCAGUCUCAAAGUCGACAUUAUGUGACACUUUUAACUUAUGUCAGACUGAGGUCCUUUUAUUUCACUGUGUCCUUUUGGGAUUUGUAAAGUAAACCCACCAGGUAUGUCCGUUUUUACUCCAUUAACUGUUAAAAAAAAAAAAAAAGACAAAUGUGUCAUUUUAAACAUUUGCAUGAGUUACACGGCCAAUCUUAUAAUACGUGUUUAUUUUUUUAUACGACAAAUGUGUACAUAGACGCUACUGCAUGUGUAGGCUUGAUGUACCUCUGUUUAUUGAUAUAUUUGUAAUAUACUGUACACGUGCGUGCGUGUGUGUGAGAGUGAGGCCUGGCGGUCACGGCAGCUACAAGUUUGUUGGUAUAUGAGGUUGCGGUGCCAUAUUUUUGUAUUUUCAUUUUGAUCAUUGUCCACCCACCCCCCCCAAAAAAAUUGUGUUCAAAAUAUAAUCAUCUUAUUUUAUCACAUGGACACAAACAUCUAAUCAUUAGAUUCUAAUGGAAGCACAAAUGUUCUUUCAAAUUGACUUCAACUGGCCAUCAAUUAUUCACAGCUUCACCAAUGUAUUUGAAGCUUUCUUUGUAAUCAUUUUAUUUCAUAAUUGUGAAGCUUUGCCAGCAGUAUUUUUUUUAAUUUUUAUUUUCUUUUAAUAGUUUUUGGAUUUUGCUAUUGUACAGUAGACACGUCUUAUUUGUAGUGUCAACCGGAUGGCUCCUGUGCUCAAGUUUUGUUUCAUGUCCAGAGGAACGCUGAUAGAUCAUUUUUAAUGUACAUACAGUAUAUAUGAACGGGGAAGGGGUAAACAUGUAUACAUGAAUGUGGUUUAUUUGUAACAUUCACUCACUGUACUGGUGCUGGCUGGAAAAGAAAAAUAAUAACAGGAACAUUUUC